AUGGCAGACGUUGAAAAAGAGCCAGAGAAGACUAUCGCUGAGGACUUGGUUGUAACAAAAUAUAAAUUAGCUGGAGAAAUAGUCAACAAAACUUUAAAAACCGUAGUGGGACUGUGCGUUGCCGGAGCGUCUGUCAGGGAUGUAUGUACGCAGGGCGACAAUCUUAUAAUCGACGAAACUGGCAAAGUAUACAAAAAAGAAAAGGAUUUGAAAAAAGGAAUUGCAUUUCCAACUUGCAUAUCUGUAAAUAAUUGUAUAUGUCAUUUUUCACCGACAAAAAAUGAUCCCGAUCAAACCUUGAAAGAUGGCGAUGUUGUUAAAGUUGAUUUGGGUGCACAUAUUGAUGGAUUCAUUGCUGUAGCCGCACAUAGUUUAGUUGUUGGUGCCUCAAAUGAUACAAAAGUUACUGGACGUAAAGCUGAUGUUGUGCUAGCGGCUUACUGGUCUGUACAAGCAGCGCUGAGGUUACUUAAAUCGGGAAGCAGCAAUAAUACUAUCACUGAAGCUGUUCAAAAAGUAAGCGAAUCCUACGAGUGUAAGCCAAUUGAAGGAAUGCUUAGUCAUGAAUUGAAACAAUUCAAAAUUGAUGGUGAAAAAACUAUAAUACAAAAUCCAAACGAAAGCCAGAAGAAGGAGCAUGAGAAGUGUACAUUCGAAACCCAUGAAGUAUAUGCUAUUGACGUAAUUGUCAGUACAGGAGAAGGCAUUGGACGGGAAAAAGAUACUAAAGUCGCCAUUUAUAAGAAAACAGAUGAAAAUUAUAUGCUUAAAAUGAAGGCGGCGCGUGCUCUCAUAGCUGAAGUUAAAUCAAAAUAUGGAAACAUGCCAUUCAAUAUACGACAUUUCGAUGAAGAGACUAAAGCGCGAAUGGGUGUUGUAGAAUGUGUUUCGCAUAAAAUGAUUGAACCCUUCCAAGUACUCUAUGAAAAACCCUCUGAACAUGUUGCACAGUUUAAGCACACAGUCCUACUCAUGCCUAAUGGUGUCAACUUGGUAACCGGCAUUGAAUUCCCUGAUAACUUUUACAAAAGCGAACACAGUAUUGCCCAGGAUGACCUCAAGGAACUUGUUAAUACGCCACUUCAACCGAGCAAAAAAGGCAGGGGUGCUGCAAAGAAAAAGGCCGCCGCUGCAGCAGAAAAUGCUGAUCCGGCAACAACGAAAGUGGAGACGGCGCCAACUGUAGAAACCAAAGCAUAAAUUUCUACAAAUUUGCCUGUUGAAAGAAAAUAUCGCGUGAAAGCAAUAUUCACAACAAACAAUAUCAACACAGCCAACUUUGAAACAGUUUAAAUUUUAAAUAGUCAAGACCUAAGGGAUGGAUAUCCCUUAUCCGUUAAUCUUUAUUUUCUAAAAAAAAUUGGUAGUUAUUUUUAUAUAUUGAUGAAAAUUUAAAAGUUUUUAAAUGUAAAUGUUUAACAGAUUAUUGCAAAAAAAGUAACAAUCUAAAAAAAAAACCUUAAUGGUU